AGAACCCACCGGAAGUGAUCGUUCGUUCGUGUUGUGUCGAAGUGUGUGAGCGGUCCUCUACUUUACUUCACAGCUUCUGCCUUCUCUCUUGAACUCAUUACAUUUUAACUUACAGAACUCCCAUCUCGGCCAGAAUGACGGACCGAUACAACAUCCACAGUCAGCUGGAGCAUCUUCAGUCCAAGUACAUCGGCACAGGACACGCUGACACCAGCAAAUGGGAAUGGCUGGUCAACCAGCACCGUGACUCUUACUGCUCCUACAUGGGACACUUCGACCUGCUCAACUACUUCUCCGUCUCUGAAAACGAGAGCAAAGCGCGUGUCCGCUUCAACCUGAUGGAGAAGAUGCUUCAGCCAUGCGGACCACCGGCAGACAAACCAGAUGAUGCCUGAUGAUGAACAGGAGGGAUGUUUUUUUGUUUUUCUUCUUGGAUAUUUUCUGCUAAAAAUUCCUGACCAUACAAUUCAAACUGCUCCUACAUUCUUCCAUGAUUCAGCCAACUAUGACUGUUUUGUCCACUUAAACAACAGAAGAUUCCUGGAAGCAGAUCUUUUUUGCUUGCCUGUGGACCAGUGAAACACACUUUGUUGCCGAGUACAGCUUCUGGAAAAGUUCCCUACAACAAGGAGGGAACGAAGGACUUCAAGAUCUAAACAUUCACUCAGAAAAACAGUAGAAAACAUGUACAAAGUGGUGCACUGUCCCGUUUGUAUUAACUGAUGGAGAUGUAUUCUUGAUUGAAAGUUCGACUUUGAUUUAAUUAAAACGUCUUUUUCUAUUUGGA